UUCUUCUAGUUGACACUGAAAAUUUACAGCCAACAGGACUACUAUUGGAGCAGUCUGUUGAGCCAUCAGUUUCCCAAAUGGAAUGCGAUGAGAUUAUACCAAAUGAAGUGUUGCUAGAGCAAACUGCAUCAUCUUUAUCUGCAGUUUCAUUAGCUUUACCAAAUGAAUUGUCACUAGAGCAAGUAGGAUCAUCGUUUUCGGCAGUUUUACCAGAACGUUGGUGUUACUAUGUACAAUCAUCGGAUAUGAUUUUGAUUCAUCUCGAUGUAGGUAGCUUGUUGGAAAAAUUAAGAUUACGAGUAACAGCUGAUCUUUCAGUUACGCUUGUAAUGCCACAUCGAUCAGAAAUAAUUCUCACUGAUCGUGUAUCAUCUAUGGAAGAAUUGUACGCAUCUAUGCGUAAAGCAGAAUCACUCACAAUUUGUUGUGGAACAUUAUUUGAUGAAAAUAGAUAUGCCACCCAGUGUAGUGGAAUCAUCACACCAAAUGAAAAUUAUCAGCGUCAGCAAUUAAAUCCUCGCUGUCGAGCGUGCCGCAUACUUCGCCAAAGAAUACAAGCAAACAUGAGAUAUAAACGCGAUUCGACACUUGCUUUUCGUAUUAAACGAAAAAAGGAAAUUUACCGACAACGAUGUCAUCGACUUAUUAAGAAGCAAGAGAUAUUGCAGCAAAAAUUAAUGACAGCCAAAAAACGGUGUAGUGAACGUUCUGAAAAAAUUUUAAAAGAGCAACUGACGCAAUUGCCAGAGUCGCAACAGCUUGCUGUUUGGAGUUGUUUUGAAGCUGCUAAACAUAAAAAGGUCAAAGGCCGAAGAUACGAUUUAGAAUGGAUCUAUGAAUGUUUGUCAAUCAGGAUGAAGGGCAGAAAUAUUUAUAAUUUUAUUCGGGAACGUAAUAUUUUACCUCUUCCACACAUCAAGACUCUUAAUAGAUAUAUUCAAAAAAUUAGUUCUUCGGCUUAUGGAUUUCAACCAGCAUUAUUUGACUGCAUGAAACAAAAAGCACAAGGAAUGACACUAUCAGAAAGAAGAGGGACUCUUAUUAUUGAUGAAAUAAAAUUAAGUGAAGCAAUAAAUUUUGAUAUCCAAAAAAUGAAAUUCUCUGGUUUUGUUAAUCUCGGACAAUACACUUCAGAACGUGAAAAAAAUGUUCCAGGGGAUCAUGCAUUAGUUUUUAUGUAUGUUCCUUUUCGUGGACGAUGGUUGCAAGCAGUAGCGGCUUUCAUCUCUAAAAAUUGUGCUACCAGUGCUGUUCUGCAUACAUUAAUUAUUGAGUGUAUAAUUUUAUUAGAAAGUGCUAAUUUCUUUGUGGAUGUCAUUACAAGUGACGGUGCCCAAAGUAAUCGUGGAGUGUGGACCAAGUUUGAUAUUUCAGAGUCCAUAAUAUCUUGUCAGCAUCCUUGUGAUACAAAUAGACAAUUAUUCAUGAUAUCGGACUUUUCUUAUCUAAUUAAAUGUUUGCGAAACAGAUUAUUAAUAAUAUAA